CUUCUCUCUCGUCCGCUAUGUUUUUUCAUAAAAAUUUUUAUCGCUCGGUACGUACUUAAAGAGCAGAACCGGAGCAGCAGCAGCGAGUGAUAAGAUCGAAUAAUUCAAGAGAUUCCGACGUUAAUCGUACGACGAUGUCAGCCAAGUUUUUAAAUUAUGCGCCAUCUCUUCUGUGCCAUUAAAAGUUUUUUCAGUACUGCGCGGUGUGUGCGAACGCGUGGCUCGCUGAGAAAGAUAUGCGACGGAAUCCCGGAGCCGCUUUGUACGAUUUCAUUAAAUAAUUACGAUCCAUCGGACAGAUUACGGUCAAAGUUGAAAUUCUGGAGCUUAAUAGUCCGGCAAUUUGACGGGAGGGACACACGACAGGAAGAGAGCAAUCCCAACGAAUCUUAGGACGUCGAAAAAACUCUGUCACGAAUUUGGGAUUUCGAGGAGUGAAUAUUUCAUGAGGAGAGUCGCUGAAACAUUCUUUUGCGCUCGAAUAAAUGUUUGGAAAUCAAACGUUUUAUAGAGCACUGCGGAAACCUAAAUUCCAAAGCUCAGAAUACCUCCUCGGAGACAGAAAGUUUCCAUUGGAAUUUCUCAAUUCAACUCGAUGGGGUUCUACUGUAUGGGUGGGACAACAUCGUGGAAGAAAGGGCGAGGAAGCGAGGGGGUCAACCCUUUAAGCGUAACAUCCCCUCCGAGCUCACAAAUGUCGAGUUUCCAGCUCUCUCUCCUGUGUACAUAAACUCGAUUCCGUGGCUGCGCGAUGGUCACAGACAUCGCAGUUUGGAUCGCGUGUCCCAAACGAACAGGUGGGAAUCACGAUUAAGGAAAAAUGCCUGCCAUAUGGUCGUCUUCGGAGAGACCAAUGAGUGUUCGUACGGUGUGGGUGGAUGGUGUACGUCACGCGAUAUUAUCUUCGGAUGAUCCAGCUGGAAUAUCGUAUCCUCGGGUUCGAAGGCAUUCGGCAAAAUCGACGAGCACGAAGAAGACGUAUCCACGAUUGAAUUUGCGUUGCCGUGUUGAUUCGUUCGAGGAUAGGCGAACGAGCGAGAGUUUGGACAGUUGUUUCGUGAAUCUUCAAGUGGUGGUGAACGAGCCAGCGGAAAGGGCGACGGAAAGGCGAAUAGCGCGUCGUCAGUCGGCUCCCUCGUACUGUAAUCGUCGGGGCACCGUUCAAUCAAAUUCUCGUAACUUUAUUGAGUUCAGACUCGACGAAGUGUUGAAUUACAGCGAAGAUCGUACGUGCAGAGCGAGUCGACAGUCGUCUAGGAAACGCGAAACUGAUUCGGGCCCUGGACGGACUGAUUAUUCACAAAAUAAUCUCAUCUCGUCUGAGAUUAAGACUUCGAAGAAGAGUUUGUUCGAGUGUGAUCGUCACUGUCGACGUUACAGUGAGGAAAUUACUCAAACUCCGGAAACCCCAUCGAAUCUUUUGUCCGAACGAGUUUUACAGUGGAUGGAUCUUUCCGGGAGGACUGUCAACGUCCCUUCCGACGAGGACAAACUCGGCGACGUUAAAAUCAACUCUUCAAAGCCGAAAUUCUCGAAACGAGAUUGCAACGAGAUGGCAACGAAGGAGCAAGUCGUUGUACAAAAUUAUAAGAUUCAGACUGAAAAUAAGCUCGAAGAAUUGAGCACGAGACGGACCAGAAGCAAGGGACCGAGCUCGAAGGAUCGAUCGGACAAGUCAACUGUGAAUACUUGUGCAAAGAUUCAAGAAACAAACGUCAACGAUGAUUGUGACGAUACGAAGAUCCCCUCGAAAAUUGAAAACCGCAAAACUUCGACGAGGAGCAAGGAACCGGCUCUGAUCGCGCGCCCUCAGCUUCACAUUUUUAUGCCUGACUUGAAUUCCAGUGGCGAUGACACGUCUUCCGAAGAAUCUUCCUCUAAAAACUGAAUCGGGCUUCCUCCGAAUCACUCG